AUGUUUUUACUGAUGAUGUUUUAUUGCACUGUCUGCCAAAAAACCUUUCAGUCUCCACUGGUCCAGGCCAUAUUCAGCCGAAAUGUAGAGGAUGUGACAUUUUUGCUGACCCAUAACCAAGAUGUCAAUACACAGGACCAAGAACAAAGCACACCCCUUCAUGCUGCUGCAUAUUUAGGAGAUGUCCCUAUUAUGGAACUACUUAUUAGUUCAGGUGCAAAAGUUAACACUAAGGACCAGGGGAUGCUUACCCCUCUACAUCGUGCAGCUGCCUCAAGAAAUGAAAGGGCUGUAGCACUGCUGUUGAAACAUAAAGCAGAGGUUAAUGCACGAGACAAAUUCUGGCAGACACCCUUACACAUGGCAGCAGCAAACUGGGCCAAAGGCUGUGCUGCAGCCCUGAUACCACAUGUUUGCAGCCUGGAUGUCACGGACAGGUCAGGCCGGACACCACUACAUCACGCGGCUCACAGUGGCCACAGAGAGAUGGUGAACUUACUCCUGUCUAAAGGUGCCAAUGCAAAUGCCAAAGAUAAGAAAGAACGGCAGCCCAUUCACUGGGCUGCACACCUUGGACAUGUGGACGUUUUGAAGCUGCUCAUUUCUCACAGUUCAGAUGUGAUGAGCAGGGACAAGUGUGGCUACACUCCGCUUCAUGUUGCAGCUGCCGGCGGACACUUAGAUGUGCUAAUGUUUCUGUUAAGACUCGGGGUAGAGACCGAUGAGCCCAAUAUUUAUGGGAACACAGCGCUUCACAUGGCCUGUCACACAGGGCAGGACACUGUAGCUACAGAACUGGUGAACUGUGGUGCAAACAUCAACCAGCCUAACUACCAUGGCAACACACCGCUGCAUCUGGCUGCUGCCUCCUCCAGCGGGGUCCUGUGCCUCGAGCUGCUAGUCAACAAUGGUGCUGAUGUUAACGUGCAGAAUAAAGAAGGGAAGAGCCCACUACAUAUGGCUACAAUGCAGGGACGCUUCACAGGAUCUCAGAUUCUGAUCCAGAAUGGUGCAGACAUUGAUUGUGCUGACAUUGAUGGAAACAGUCCUCUUCAUGUUGCUGCCAGAUAUGGUCAGGAGCUACUGCUAAGUACUCUGCUGACAAACGGUGCUGACAAAGGCAGACAGGGGAUUCACGGGAUGCUUCCACUGCAUUUGGCGGCACUCUAUGGCUUUCCUGACUGUUGUCGCAAGUUGCUGUCUAAUGGUCAGUUUUACAACAUCAUGCCCGCUCUGACAUGUGGCCAAAUACCAAUCAUAGGGUUUGAUAUUAACCUCACUGAUGAUCACGGGAGGACUUGUCUGCAUGCAGCUGCCUCUGGGGGAAAUGUUGAGUGUUUAAAUUUGCUAUUGAAUUGUGGCUCUGAAAUGGACAUAAAGGACAAUUUGGGAAGAUCUCCUCUGCACUAUGCUGCAGCAAAUGGGAACAGCCAGUGCACAAUUUCCCUGGUGAGAGCGGGUGCAGAAAUCAAUGAGGCGGAUCUGACGGGCUGCAGCCCGCUGCACUACGCUGCUGCAUCACACACCUUCUACGGGGAGGGAACAAACUUUGAGCCAGACCUCAGAGUUGAAAAAGAACAUGAAGCCUCUCUUUGUUUAGAUUUCUUACUUGACAAUGGGGCAAAUCCAACUCUGAAGAAUAGCAGGGGCUACAGUGCCGUCCAUUACGCUGCAGCUUAUGGAAACAAACAGCAUCUUGAACUGCUGUUGGAAAUUUCUUUUAACUGUCUCGAAGAGGUUGAAAGUAAUAUUCCCGUCAGUCCUUUGCACUUAGCUGCAUAUUAUGGCCACUGUGAGGCACUGCGCUUGCUUUGUGAGACUUUAGUCAGUCUGGAUGUACGGGACGUUAAAGGCCAAACUGCUCUCCACCUGGCUGCUCAGAGAGGCUUUUCCCACUGUGUGGAGGUUCUGUUGAAGCAUCAAGCCUCCUACACGCUGAAGGAUCACAAGCACAAACAGACAGCUCUGCAUGCUGCAGCUGCGGAAGGUCACGUGGACUGUCUGCUUUUAUUGGUCAACAAGGAUCAAAGUGAAGACAUCAUUGACAGUCAGGACACACAGGGACACACGGCUCUCAUGCUGGCAGCUCUGGGAUGUCACACUGACUGCAUCUACAUCCUGUUGGAGAAAAAAGCGAAUGCUGAUGCUGCAGAUAAACAGGGUUUUACUGCUCUGCACAGAGCAGCCAUGUUGGGCAGUGAGGACUGUGUAUCUGCUCUGUUGGAACAUGGGGCUUCUGCUCUGUGCAGAGACUCUCAGGGAAGGACACCGAUGCACCUCGCAGCUUCCUGUGGUCACACAAACUUACUCCACACUUUGUUAAUGGCUGCUAAGAAAGCUGACCCUCUGGACUCAAUGUUAGACUACAGAGGCUACACGCCCACACACUGGGCAGCCUACCAUGGGCAUGAAGGAUGUUUACACGUUUUACUUGAAAACAAGCUUGUUAGCAACCAGGAAGGAAAUUUGUUUACUCCAUUGCACUGUGCUUUAGUCAAUGGACACGAUGCUGCCGCUGGACUUCUGGUGAAGACUGUAGGCCCUCAAACUAUUCACAUUAGUGAUUCCAAAGGAAGGACUCCACUGCAUGCAGCUGCUUAUUCAGGAAGUGUUGCUGGGCUACAGCUGGUUCUGGCCCAGGGAGCAGAGGUCAAUACAGUGGACAACAAUGGAUGCUCGGCUGUGAUGGUUGCAGCUGACAGUGGACAGACCAAUGCUGUUGAGUUCUUGCUGCACACAGCGAAGCCAGACCUGACCCUGGUGGAUGUUAAUAAUAACACAGCACUUCACUUAGCCUGCAGCAAGGGUCAUGAGAUGUGUGCUCUGCUGAUCCUGGGAGAGAUCACGGAUUCCUCCCUCAUCAAUGCAAGAAACAACACUCUCCAGAUGCCCCUUCAUAUUGCAGCAAGAAAAGGUUUGGCCACUGUAGUGCAGGUGUUACUGAGCAGAGGAGCAGCAGUCAUGGCCGUAGACGUGGAAGGUCACACACCAGCUCUGGCCUGCGCCCCAAACAAAAACGUAGCAGACUGUUUGGCCCUCAUCCUCUCCACCAUGAAGCCUUUUCCUCCCAAAGAGGCCGACACCAGCACAGCUUCCCACUUCAGCCCCAUCUUGAAGAAUUGUGGUAUUUCUGCCACCUGUGGUUCCAAUGGAAACUUGUGUCAUGCUUAA